UAAACUAAGUGAAUGUCGAUUAACCAAUCAUAUUGCUUUUGAAAUAUGAAGCGGUACCAUCAAUAAACAUUUAAUUUCAUUUUAUUAAUAUUUUACUUAUUUCAAAAUCAUUUGAUGAUUUAAUGAUACGUUAUCUAUGUUAACUACUUGAAUUUCUAGGACAUGAAAUUUACAAAAAAAUUUCUUGAUAUUGAAGAAAUCGUUAAUGGGAAGGUUAAUUAGAAAAACGCUAACAGAGUUGAAACCAAUUGGUCUUUUUUUUUUCUUUUUGAAAGUAAGAAGUCCCAUUUUCCGGUGUAAAGGAUCACAGAAGAAAAUUUUUUUUAGCUCUUCAAGUAUUUUGUAAUGAUUUUAACAGAUAUUUACGACUUCCUCAGAGCUGAAGGGGAUGUUAAAGAAUCAAUAUUGGUUAAAAAACCCUGGAUUACUUAUUGCAUAUUGGUUACUUACGUUCUACUUGUGAAAUGGAUAAUCCCUUUGUCAAUGAGAAACAGAAGACCGUUAAGUUUAAGAAAAAUUGUUAUAACAUACAAUUUAAUGUUAUCUCUAUUGAAUGCUACUGCAACAUUUUACUUGUUUAGCUAUCUUAGAGACGUGUGGAAAUACAGAUGUGUGGUGCAUUCUGGCCCAAGACAUCUUUAUCAGCUAUAUGCGCCGAUAGGUUUACGUUUAAUUUAUUACGCUUGGUUACUCAAAUAUGUGGAGUUGCUGGACACGAUCCUUUUUGCUCUUCGGAAAAAAGAUGCUAACAUUACAUUUUUACAUUUGUUUCAUCACACUUUAGUAAUUCUUUUCUUUUUAGGUGGCUUUAGUUUAAUGAGAGUAGCGUUUUAUUUUGCGUUCGCAGUGGCAAUAAACUUAGCAGUGCAUGUUAUAAUGUAUUUAUAUUAUGGGCUUGCCGCUGUAGGACCUCGUGUGCAAAAGUAUUUGUGGUGGAAAAAAUAUUUAACACUAAUACAAAUAGGACAGUUCAUCAUGAUGUUGCUAUAUGGCGUAAUUGGACUUUUCACUGGUUGUGAAGAAUUUGAAGUGUUUGAAGUGUUAUUUUUUCUUUUUGUAGCAGCUGUUCUGGGACUCUUUAUCAAUUUUUAUCUAAAAUCUUAUCGUCAAAAGAAUUUGAAAAGCAAGGACAUCAAAGAAAAAUAA